AUGAAGUGGAGCGUCCGCGGGGCCUGCGCCGCGCUCGCCUCCUGCCUGCUGCUCGCCUGCGCGCUCAGCGCCGCCGCCGUGGGUCUCAAGUGCUUCUCCCUGGGCUCGGAGCUCCGCGGGGAGCCGUUCCGGCUCGGGGCGGCCGCCGGAGCCUUCUACUCCGGGCUGCUGCUGGCCGCCGGCCUCUCGCUCCUCGGCGCCGCCCUUCUGUGCUGCGGACCCCGGGAGGCGCCCCUCGCUGGGCCCCCAGGGCCGGAACCCGGCCCCGGGCUCGGGGCGCCCGCAGCUCCCGCGGGCGCUCCAGAGGCCUCGCCGGGCGAGGCGGGGCCGGCGGCCGGGCCCCCGGGGCCGGUCAACAGUCAGAACCUGCUGCUGCUGGGCGUCCUGGUCUUCAUGCUCGGGGUCCUCAGCGCCUUCGCGGGCGCGGUGAUCGACGGCGACACCGUGUCCCUGGUGGAACGCAAGUACUCCCACUACUGCCUGCCGUCGCGCACGCCGGCGGCGGCCCCCGGCCCGGCCCCGGGCGCCGCGGCCCCCGGCCCCGGCCCGGCCCCGGGCGCGCCGCGCUCCCGCAGCGCCCUGGACAGCGCCACGUCUGCCAAGUGCCGCCAGCUGAAGGACUACCAGCGCGGCCUGGUGCUCUCCACCGUCUUCAACUCGCUCGAGUGCCUGCUGGGCCUGCUCAGCCUUCUGCUGGUCAAGAACUACAAGUCGUCCCAGGCCCGGCGCGGCCGGCGCGGCCGGCGGAGGGCAGGACGCGCCCUGGCGCGUUCCCGAGGCGGCCCCGGGCUCCGCGUGCAGCCGCCGGCCUCCCGGGCGCGGCGGGGCCGGCGGGGCCGGCGGGGCCGGCGCCUGCAGCCGCGGCCGAGCGAGGCCUCCAUUCUGUCCCCGGAGGAGUCCGACUUCUCCGCCCCAGGGGACUGCGCGGGCUUCGCCCCGCUCCACGCCGUGUCCUACAUCAACGUGGGCGUCUUCCACGCGUUCGACGAGGCGGGAGUGGAGGUGUGCUGCGGAGGGCAUCCGUCGGUGGAACUGCCGGGGUACGCGCCCUCGGACCCGGAUCUCAACGCCUCCUACCCGUACUGCUGCCGGCCGCCGCCGUGUGAGGCAGCGGCGCGCCCCUGGGAGCCGAGCCGGGCCUGCUGAGCCGGGCGCGGCCCCCGCAGGACCCCCAGCGGCGGGCCCGGCCCGGCCCGGCCCGGCCUUGCGGGGCUGGAGCCGCCACCGGGCUUGACGUUCUCUGGCCUGUCCCCCUGAGGGCUCAGUGACCACAAGACAGCCCUCCGGUGUUCUCCUUUCUGUGUCGGGCGGUUUCUCUUCUCUGUGUUGUUCGUAUCCGGAACCCAUUUAAAGUUUACAAUAAAUGUGUGGGGUGGGCUCGCCGACCGCAGUGCUCCUUGGCAAGUCCGCUCCCCGGGCUGCGCUCAGGGGGCGGAUAUCACUCGCGGACCUCCGCCGAGGGGACAGAGACAGCAGCCAGGAUCUUAGGAAUGGAGGAAAUGAAAACCACCCAACAGCAACACUUUGUACACGGAUGUGCCUGCUUCUGUCCACACUUUCUUACUGUAAAGCUCAACAUAAACAGUGAAAAAUGUUUGGUAAAUUUAUUGCAA